CACUGGCCCCGCCCAGAAGGCUUCCCUAGAGAGGCCCCAGACUCCCCCGGCGCAGUGAGGGUGAGGCAGCCCUGAUUGCCAGAGCAGGGUGCAGUUGGGCAGGCCAUUGGGACUGUGACUGUGGCCAUGUCCGCGGCGGCUGUGAAAGGUCCAGUUGGGCCGGAGGCGAGGACGACUGGGUGCCGGCGCGGUACGGGCGACACGCGCGUCUCUGCGGGGCUGCGCGGGGUCCGCGGAGCGGCUGGGGGCGCGCGGCGCGGGCGCGGCGCUGGGCGCGGGGGGCGCUCCCGGCCGGGAUGAGCUCACCGCAGUCGCGCCGGGGCUGAGCGCCAAGCCGGGCGGCGGCUCCUAGGCGGCUCGGCGGCGGAGCCGGACCGCUGGCCACCACCAUGCUGGGCCUGGACGCGUGCGAGCUGGGGGCGCAGCUGUUGGAACUGCUCCGGCUGGCGCUGUGCGCCCGAGUCCUUCUGACAGACAAAGAAGGGGGGCAGCUGCCACCAGAUGAGGUGCUGGACGAGGCUGUGCCAGGGUACCGGGCCCCAGGGAGGAAGAGCCUCCUAGAGAUCCAGCAGCUGGACCCAGAGGAUGAGAGCCUGGCCAAGUACAAGCGGGUGCUUCUGGGGUCCCUGCCGCUAGCUGUGGACCCGAGCCUGCCCAACGUACAGGUGACCAGGCUGACGCUGAUGUCUGAGCAGGCUCCGGGGCCCAUGACCAUGGACCUCACAGGGGAGCUGGCUGCACUGAAGAACCAGGUGUUCGUCCUGAAGGAGGGCGUUGAUUACAAAGUGAAGAUUACUUUUAAGGUCAAUAAGGAAAUCGUCAGUGGCCUCAAGUGUCUGCAUCACACCUACCGCAGGGGCCUGAGAGUGGACAAGGCCGUGUACAUGGUGGGCAGUUACGGCCCAAGCACUCAGGAGUACGAGUUUGUAACUCCGGUGGAAGAGGCGCCUCGGGGCGCACUGGUGAGGGGCGCCUAUGUGGUCACAUCCUUCUUCACUGACGACGACAGGGCAGACCACCUUUCCUGGGAGUGGGGCCUCCGCAUCUGCCAGGACUGGAAGAGCUGAGCGCCCGCCCACCCUCCCUGCCCUGCCCUGCCCUGGGAGCUGUCUUCCCACCUGGGGUCCUGGUUUCCUCUGCCUCUGUCAGUCACUGCACAGGGACCCCCGAGCAUUCCCCAGCCCCUCUGUCAGUGACUAGACCCCUCAUGACCUCUGCCCCGCCUCAGGACACCCCCUUCCUGGGCCUGGCACUGUGCCCUGAAUAGCCCCA